GGCAUGGGAUCACUUUGGGUGGACACUGUAAAUAGUUUUCACAGUGAAGCUGUUAAAAUCCAGUAGGUAGCGGUAAUGCACAAUUAUGGAUGCCAACCGCCAUAAAACUCAACAGAAGAAGAAGAAGAAAAAGCAGCAGCAGCAGCAGCAGCAGCGGUGUUUGUGUUUCAUUAGUAGCGUAAUUCUGCUGCUUUAGCCCAUCACAGGUGGUAUUUGCAUUGUGCCUCCCUCUCACCUGAACGUCAAGACCCUAUGAAGGAGUCGCUCCUGGAGAUACACAUGGCCAGGUUCCCUCAGGAGGAUAGAGGUUAAGGGCCCAUGAAACCCAAAAGGACAGUGAGGGGCUGGACUGUCAAAUCACAUCUGGUCACAGCAGAGACAGAGGUGGGUUUGCAAUGAAAGGGGAGGAUGGAUAAGGAUUUACUAUUAACACAACUGAAGAAACACACUAUAAGAGAAAAAUACAACCAAGAAACAGCAGUCUUAGGACAUACUGAACUACCUGGACAGGGUAUGUAUCCAGUUAACUGGGUUUUCAAAUUUCAUUUCUAUAAUGUACUGUUUUUCAAAAUAUGUUUACUUUCCAGUAGGGUUCAGUAUUUGUUUAAUAUGCAACAUGGAUCUAAUUUUCCUCCUUUAUUUAGGAUACCUUGUAGAAGCCUUGUAAGUUACAGUAUUUUCUGAGACACUCUAAAAGUUAAUUGAACCAACUAUGAAUAAUAUUGUUGUAUGCCUGUUUUUCUCCCAGUUCCUUUUGGACAUUGGACUCUCCUUUUUUCAAGAUGACUUGUAGAAGACAAUCUGACUUCAGUUUGAUUACUGUAACACAAUGAUCAUAUGUUUUACAACUGGGAGAACAUCCAAAACUUUCAGGCCAGGCCAGACGAUAUACUUAUCGCAACAUACCCCAAAGCAGGAACCACCUGGGUCUCCAACAUCCUUGACCAGCUGUAUUUUGGUCAGACAUCUCCAGAGCGUCAGACAUCCAUUCCUCUCUAUGCGAGAGUGCCUAACUUGGAGAUCACCAUCCCUUCUCUGCAGCCAGGAUCAGGGCCUUUUUCAACCGCAUAUAAAGGAACAGACAUGGUGGACAAGCUCCCCACCUCUCCUCGACUCAUUAAGACUCAUCUUCCAGUCCAGUUUGUGCCAAAGUCCUUUUGGGAGCAAAAGUGCAGGAUAGUCUACGUGGCCCGCAAUGCCAAAGACAACGUGGUCUCUUAUUUUCACUUUGAUCGCAUGCUGUUUCUCCAGCCAGAGCCUGGAGACUGGAGCAGCUACCUCCUCAGAUUCAUGGAGGGAAAGAUGGUGUUUGGAUCCUGGUAUGACCACGUGAACGGCUGGUGGAAAAAGAAGCAGACUUAUUCAAAACUCCAUUACAUGUUCUACGAAGAUCUGAUUGAGGAUACUGGACGGGAAAUAGACAGACUUUGCUGCUUUCUUGGUUUGUCUCCUUCAAUCGAGGAGAAAGAAAGAAUUACAGGCAGAGUGCAGUUCGAUUGUAUGAAAAGGGACAACAUGGUCAACUAUUCAACAUUCCCAGCAAUGGAUUUAAAAAUGUCUUCCUUCAUGAGGAAAGGGAAGGUUGGUGACUGGAAGAACCAUUUCACUGUGGCCCAGAGUGAACAGUUUGAUGAAGACUACAAGAAAAUGAUGAAGAAUCCUACACUACAGUUUCGUACUGAAAUUUAGAGGCCUGGCCCGGCUGUGCAUAACCAAGAGUCCUGAACUGAUAUAAUAUAUAAUAAUACAUAAUAAUGUUGAUGUAACUGAGUCCAAUGUUAAAUCUUUAUUGACAAGAAUAUUGUCUCAGUGUGGGACAUUUUUCCUUAUCACUAUAAGGAAAAAUGUCCUGCACUGUCGACUGAUGUUAAAAAAAUCAUCAACAAAUAGCAUUAUUAAGUAUUAGAAGUCCUUGACAAAGUUACAGUGAGGAAGAGGAGGUACUGAGACACAUUGUGCCAAAAUAUACAGCAAACAGAGAAGGAGUAACUAUUGUGUGUGCCAUUCUAGGGUCUGCUUAGGUCUGGAAAGUAAGGCAAGUACCAUUUCAUGUGUUUGAAUUGUUAAAAGUGCCUGUUUCUCUUAUCAAGAAAGUCAUGUGAGAAACAACAUAGCUCGCACUACUAGAUGUUGAUAACUGCAUUGUAGAUCUCUUUUCACCAUAUAUUUUUUAUUGAAGCACUGUUAGUGUUCAUAGUAUUGGACAGUACAAAUAGAUAGCUUCAAUAAAGAAAUCAUGCAGUGGGCCAAUAGUCCUUUAAGGGCUCAGAGAUGUCAUUAAAAUAAAAAUUGGUUUGGACUUUCUCCAGAACAGCAAUGAAGGUGGGCCACUUUUUUUUACAGUCCCCCUCCACUCAAAAAUGUGUUUGCUUAUUGUUAUUUCACUUUGAUGUUUGACCUUCACUGUGCAGAAUGACGUGUGUGCAGAGUUUGUUUUCAUCUGUUGAAAAGGGAAUGUUUCUCUGUGCUCACCCUAAAUCUGAGUUUAACAUGAGGAUGUUCAAGCAUGAUUUUAUGACUAGUUUGGAGCCAAUCCUUGUCCAGUUUGUAACUUACACAAGUGUGGUGUGGAAACUUGAUGCAUCCAGUGCACAUACACUGAGAAUGAACUUUACAGUGAUCUUGUUCAGUAGCUGAACUUCUGAAAUGAAAAAGAUUUGCAUAUUUGUAGAUUCUGGAUUUUUCAAUGAGGGAAUAGAUGUAAUUUUAACAAGGUUAAUUAACUUUCUUGUAGAAAAAAACACAUCAUACACAAAUUAUUAUUCAAGUAUUUUUAUGUGUCCUUAAACAUUACUGGAGGGGAUCUUUAAAUUCUUUAAAUUUGUACUUCAGGGAUACCAUUAAUAUUUCAAGAUGUUUUUUCCAAUUCUGGAGUAAAAUUCUCUUUGUUGUAAUAUGGCUAUAAGCAAUAAACCUUUGUAGAAGUA